AUGUCACAAUAUUUGAUAUUAAAUGAGCAAUGUCUCACUAAAGCCAAUGAUUUGGUACAAAUGGGACAAAUCACACAAGCUCUUGAUACAAUUAGAGAUUUGUUGUUGUUCCGUAAUGUAUGGCACGCAUCUUUGGAGAAUGUGAUGUCACUUUACAUCAAGUUGGCUGUAGAGAUUCCAAUCAACAAUGAACAGAUUCUUUACAUCAAGGAUGGUUUGCAUCAAUAUCGUGGUAGUUUGACUGCCCAAAAGGAGUACAACUACACUCCACUCGACAACAUUAUCCGUUUGUUGGUGUCUUUGGUCGAAGCCAAGCUCGAGCAAACCAACAAGGAGGUUGCCGAGAACCCAUUACCAGUUGCUGAAGGUGCCGUCGACGAGCGUCUCGCCCCAGUCCUCCGUCUCAUGUCUGACUGUUUCCAAAUCAUUGUCGAUAUUCUCAAGUACCCCAAGCUCGAAGUGUUGUACCUCAAGUACACCACCCAAGCCUUUGCCUUUAUCGCCAAGUACGACCGUAAGAAGGAGAUGUACCGUUUGGACGAGAUCAUGCGUUCCCACGUCGAGAACUUGCUCAAGAGUCAAAACACCUACCUCACCCCCGAAACUGUCUAUGCUCACGUUGACGCCCGUUUCGGUCAACUCAAUACCGCCAUCUCUAUGAAUCUCUGGCAAGAGGCUUUCCGUGCCGUAGAAGACAUCAAUACUUUGUUUGGUAUGCUUGCCAAGCCCAAGCCAAACGUAUUGGCCAACUACUACCAAAAGCUUGCUCAAAUCUACUGGGUGUCUGGCUCUCAUUUGCUCCAUGCCUACGCCUUGUACAAGCAUCUCUUUUACAACAAGUCCUACAAUACUACCUUUGCCAACGAGGAUUCGGAAGCCUAUGGAAGUGUGUUGCUCGUCGCUGCCUUGUCCUCGCCACUCAACGAGACAUCAUCGACCAAGUCAUUGUUGCAUUUUGACAGCCAAGCUCAACGUAACACCAACCUUGCUGCUUUGCUCGGUCUCCCAGCCUUCCCAAAGCGUGAUGCUUUCUUGUCGGACGUCAAGCGUCUCGUCGGAACCAGCAGCCAACCAGAGCUCGUCGACUUGUACGAACACCUCGAGGAACGUCCAGGCUCGCCACUCGUCAUGGCCAAGACACUCGCUCCAGUCCUCGAGUACAUUGCCAACUCGACCAACCUCUCGGUCUAUCUCCGUGCCAUGCAACGCACCGUCUUUGUCAAGACCGCCAUCCAAGCCUCCAAGGUCUACGAAGUCGUCCGUCUCGACCAAUUCGCCGCUCUCGUCCCAUUCUUUGAGAGUCGUGAGAUUGAAAAGAUGUUGCUCGACGCCAUCAAGAAGCGUCUUGUCGGUGCCCGUAUCGACCAUCGUGCCGGCGUCGUCCGUUUCGGUCACUAUGACUUUGACAGCGCCAAGAUUGGUGACCAGCUCUCUGGACUCGCCAGCGGUCUCCGUCGCGCCCUCUCGAUGAUCGACUCGCAAAAGAAGGACACCAAGUCGGUCAGCGACAAGCGUGAAGUGUAUGUCCGUAUCAUCAACUCGCUCUCUGACGAACACCGUCGUAUCCUCGCCCGUAAGGAGGUUAUCGAGCGUAAGAAGAUCUACACCGAGCAACAAGAACGUAUCAAGCGUCAACGUGAGGAGGAGGAGCUCGAGCGUAUCGCCGCCCAAAAGGCUGAGCGUGACCAACAACGUAUGCGUGAAGAUAUGGAACGUCGUGAAAAGGAACAAAAGGAAGCCGAAAAGGCCGACAAGAUCAUCAACCUCACCAUCACCAACGUCGACAAGGCCAAGGCCGACAUGGCUGCCAAGGUUGCCAUCCUCUCCAAGGAGCUCGAGUACACUGAACGUGCCUUCCGUCACGAAGAAUUGCCAAUCUACAACGAAUCACUCAACAACAAGACCAAGGAAGACAAGGAAUACUUUGAACAACGUCAAGCCGAGGCCAAGAAGCACCACCGUGAAUCGUUUGAACGUGCCAUCUCUGAAAAGAUGCGUCUUGCCCGUCUCACAGAAGACAUUGCCAUCUUUACCGAGCGUGUCCUCGCCGUCCGUCAAGAACAAUUGCCAGCCCUCCAAGCCCAACAACAAGCUAGAUUCCGUAAGUUUGUCGACGACGAACGUCAACGUCUUGCCGAAAUCCGUGAAAAGAGACGUGAAGAAAAGAGAAUUCAAGAUGAAAAGCAAAAGAGAGAAGAAGAAGAACGUAGACAACGUGCCAAGGAAGAAGAAGAACGCAAGGAACGUGAGGAACGUGAAAGACAAGAACUCAUCAAGAACGAGACCUUUAUGCAAAAGAGAGAAAGAGAAAGAAGAGAAGCUGCUGCCGCCGGUAAUGGCCCAGCUGCCUCUUCAACUGGUGGUUUUGGUGACGACGACAAGUGGAACCGUGAAAUCACUCGUAAUGAUGGUGACAAGUGGGGUCGUGAUGCUCCACGUAGAGACGAUGGUGACAGAUUCCCACCACGUAGAGACGACGGUGGUGACAGAUUCCCACCACGUAGAGAUAAUGGUUUCGGUGGUGAUGCUCCACGUAGAGACGACGAUGGUGGCAGAUGGGGUCGUGAUGCUCCACGUGAUGGUCCUCGUGACGGUCCUCGUGAUGGUCCACGUAACGACGGUGGUGACAGAUACGUUCCACCACGUAGAGACGGUGGUUUCGGUGGUGAUGCUCCACGUAGAGAUGGUGGUUUCGGUGGUGAUGCCCCACGUAGAGAUGGUUUCGGUGGUCCACGUGACGGUCCACGUAGAGAUGGUGGUUUCGGUGGUGAUGCUCCACGUAGAGACGACGAUGGUGGUAGAUGGGGUCGUGAUGCCCCACGUAACGAUGGUGGUUUCGGUGGUGAUGCCCCACGUAGAGAUGGUUUCGGUGGUCCACGUGACGGUCCACGUGACGGUCCACGUAGAGAUGGUGGUUUCGGUGGUGAUGCUCCACGUAGAGACGACGAUGGUGGUAGAUGGGGUCGUGAUGCCCCACGUGACGGUCCACGUGAUGGCCCACGUGAUGGUCCUCGUGAUGGUCCACGUGACGGUCCACGUGACGGUCCACGUGACGGUCCACGUAGAGAUGGUGGUUUCGGUGGUGAUGCUCCACGUAGAGACUUUGGUGCCCCAAGAGACAACAACAACAACGCCAAUAAGCCACCAGUCAAGAACCAAAAGGAUGACGAUGGAUGGACCAUUGUUGGAAAGAGAAAGUAA